AUGCGGAUCUUAUUUGGAGCGCGUCAGGCGCGCGCUCUUCCACGUGUUCCCGAUCCUGCAGUGGCUGUCGGAGACCUGGGAUACGCGCAACUGGCGCACGUGCCUCCAUUUCACGGGUGCUGCUCUCCCCGUGCCGGACCUAGGAUACGCGCCACUGGCGCACGUGCCUCCUAUCAACGGGUGCUGUUCUCCCCCAUCCCUCCUCCCCCCAUCCCUCCUCUCCCCCAUCCCUCCUCUCCCCCAUCCCUCCUCUCCUCUCUACAGGACCUAGGAUACGCGCAACUGGCGCACGUGCCUCCUAUCAACGGCCUUUACGGCAGCUUCAUUCCCCCAACCGUCUAUGCCAUCUUCGGCACAUCCCGCCACAUGGCCAUAGCACCAGUCGCCAUCGUCUCGCUCCUCAUGGGAGAACUCCUCUCCACCCAUUACAACCCCGAGUCCCAGCCCACCCAGUACCUCCGCCUUGCGUUCACAUCCACCUUCUUCGCGGGGGUGUUUCAACUGGCUAUGGGGCUGCUGCGGCUGGGGUUUGUUGUUGAUCUGCUGUGCCACCCGGUGGUUGUGGGGUUCAUGGGGGGUGCGGCGGUGACGAUUGGGCUGCAGCAGCUGAAGGGGCUGCUGGGGUAUGCGACUUUCACGACUAAAGCGAACGUGCAAUCUGUGUUGGGUUAUGUCUUCAACAACACGUACCUGUCCGGCACACCUGGUGAGUCCGGCACACCUGGUGAGUCCGGCAGACCUGGUGAGUCCGGCACACGUGGUGAGUCGGGCACACCUGGUGAGUCCGGCACACGUGGUGAGUCGGGCACACCUGGUGAGUCUGGCGUACCUGGUGAGUCCGGCACACCUGGUGAGUCCGGCACACCUGGUGAGUCCGGCACACCUGGUGAGUCCGGCACACCUGGUGAGUCCGGCACACCUGGUGAGUCCGGCACACGUGGUGAGUCGGGCACACCUGGUGAGUUCGGCACACCUGGUGAGUCCGGCACACGUGGUGAGUCGGGCACACCUGGUGAGUCGGGCACACCUGGUGAGUCGGGCACACCUGGUGAGUCUGGCACACCUGGUGAGUCCAGCACACGUGGUGAGUCCGGCACACCAGGUGAGUCGGGCACACGUGGUGAGUCGGGCACACCUGGUGAGUCGGGCACACCUGGUGAGUCGGGCACACCUGGUGAGUCGGGCACACCUGGUGCGUCGGGCACACCUGGUGAGUCGGGCACACCUGGUGAGUCGGGCACACCUGGUGAGUCGGGCACACCUGGUGAGUCGGGCACACCUGGUGAGUCGGCCACACCUUGUGAGUCGGGCAUACCUGGUGAGUCUGGUACACCUGGUGAGUCUGGCACACCUGGUGAGUCGGGCACACCUGGUGAGUCGGGCACACCUGGUGAGUCAGGCACACCUGGUGUGUCGAGCACACCUGGUGAGUCGGGCACACCUGGUGAGUCGGGCACACCUGGUGAGUCGGGCACACCUGGUGAGUCUGCCACACCUGGUGAGUCGGGCACACCUGGUGAGUCGGGCACACCUGGUGAGUCGGGCACACCUGGUGAGUCGAGCACACCUGGUGAGUCGGGCACAUCUGUUCAACUGGCGUGCAUUUGUCAUCGGCAUGGCGGUGCUUCUCUUCCUCCUCUCGCUCCGCUUCUUGCCCCACACCAUGCUCGAGAAGCCGCUUUUCUACCUCGACUGCCCACCAGAACACCAAAACUCCCUCUUCCCAUUUUCAAUACUCCCCAUCCAUCCAUCCCCUCCCCACACAUGCAUGCACAGGCCCACCAUUUCAAGCCCCAUCCGAGGCUCGGCAAGCCGCUCUUCUACCUCAACUGCCUCGGCCCGAUCCUCGCAGUCACCGCCACCUCCCUCGCCGUCUACCUCCUGGGCGGCGGCAACAAGCCCCCCUACAACAUCCCCACCGUCAAACCCCUGCCACCUGGCGUCGCCUCGUUCGGCUCGCUGACUCAGCUCCAGCUGUCGGGCCCUGAUUGCGCGGCUGCUGCGUCCAUAGGGAUUGUCGCGGCGCUGAUCGCUCUCGCGGAAGCGACUGCGAUUGCGAGGAUGUUUGCGACUUUGGAGGGUUACGAGGUGGAUGGUAACCGCGAGAUGAUCGCUCUUGGCAUGGCCAACAUCGGAGGCUCCUUCUCCUCGACUUACGUGGUCACCGGGUCGUUUUCGCGUUCAGCUGUCAAUUACAAUUCUGGGGGGAAAACCGCGCUGACCAACGUGAUUAUGUCGGCGCUCGUUUUAAUCACGCUCGUUGCAGUCACUCCUGCGUUUCAGUACCUCCCUACAGCCACCCUCUCAGCAAUCAUCAUAGUUGCUGUCGCGGGAUUGGUGGAUUUCACAGCCAUGGCCGUUAUCCUUAAAACAGACAAGCUCGAUUUUCUCAUCACUCUAGGGACUGCCUUGGGGAUUCUUUUUGUCUCCAUGGAAAUCGGACUCCUUAUAGGCGUCCUCGUUUCAAUGCUGAAGUUCUUCAUACAGGUGGCGCGCCCGAAGCUGCCGACUCUGGGGCUUAUAAAGGGUACGGGGGUGUACCGAAGUGUGGAGCAGUAUGGGGAUGCGGAGGAGGCGGAGGGGGUGUGGGUGAUGAGGGUGGAUGGGCCGCUGCUCUUCCCCUCUGCGAGCUAUGUGCGGCAGCAGGUGUUGAGAGCGGUGGAGAGGAGUGCACGUGGUGACGAGAAGAGAAUUACGCAUGUGGUGCUGGAUUGCACGUCAAUAACCGACAUCGACACAACAGCCAUUCAUGCUUUACAAGACCUGCUCAGCAUGUUGCACCGUCACCAGGUGCAGCUGGUGCUGACCAAUCCAGCCACUGUGCUGCUCCGAAAGCUAGCUCUUUCGGGGUUUGUGGAGGAGUUGGGUGAGGAGUGGCUGUUUUUCUCUGUUGCUAACGCAGUGGCGUUUUGCCAGUCAGUUGCGCAGAGCAACGGAGUGUGA